UUGCCUCAUGAGUUUUUCUUAUAAAUAAAUAAUAAUAAUAAAAAAAGAAGUCCUCCUAAUUUUGUACUAAUUAAUUAAUUCGACUCCUAAUUCGGUACUAAUUAAUUAAUUUGAUGAAUAAUGUAUAAAUCGACAGAAAUUAGUAUAUAAAGACUCGACCGAACAUAUUUUGGCGCGCAAACAUGAUCAAGAACUUCGUCAAGAAGCCCAACACUGUCUUCAACCUUACGCGGCAUCUCAGCAUCUCACUGGCGGUUUCGUCCUACUUUGAGACAGAGCAGUCGAGCAAUGAUUACAUCACUUCCCUCUGCAAGCAGAACCUUCACCGGGAAGCUCUCGAAGCCUUCGAGGUCCUACGGAGAACCACGCGUUUCCGGGUGAACAUCGGCACUUACUCCCGUUUGAUCUGCGCUUGCUCUUGUCUGAGGUCUUUGGAGCAUGCCCGGAAUGUCCACGAACAUAUCGGGUCUUCCAACGCUCGGACGGAUGUCAUCCUCAACAAUCACAUACUUAAUAUGUACGGCAAAUGCGGGUCGCUUAGGGACGCAAGGAGGGUGUUCGAUGAAAUGCCAGAGAAGAACGUGGUCUCUUGGACCGCCUUGAUUGCUGGGUAUUCGCAGAAUGGGAGAGAUGCCGAUGCCCUUGAACUGUAUGUUGAGAUGCUGAAGUCUGGUGUCUCGCCUGACGAGUUCACUUUUGGCAGUGCUGUGAAAGCUUGCUCUGGUUUUGGAGACCUUAGCUUGGGGAGACAACUUCAUGCCCAUGUCCUGAAAUCGGGAUCUGGUUCUCAACUCAUAGCACAGAAUGCGCUCAUAGCAAUGUACACUAAGUUUGAUCGAGUUGAUCUCUCAUGGGAUGUCUUCUUCCACAUUGAAGACAAGGAUUUGAUUUCAUGGGCGUCGAUGAUUGCCGGAUUUUGCCAACUUGGUCAUCAGUUAGAAGGUUUACGGCACUUCAAGAAUAUGAUGCGUGAAGAUUCUUUUCAGCCUAACGAGUUCAUAUUUGGAAGCGCUUUUAGUGCUUGCAGCACUGUCCUCGAGCCCGAGUAUGGAAAGCAAAUACAUGGGCUGUGCAUAAAGUUCGGGUUUGGGAGGAACAAUUUCUCUGGGUGCUCCCUAUGCGAUAUGUAUGCGAAAUCGGGUUUCUUGCUCUCGGCGGUGGCAGCGUUUCAUCAAAUAGAGAAGCCUGAUUUGGUGUCAUGGAAUGUAAUUAUUGCCGGGCUUGCCAAUCACGGCCAUUGGGACAAAGCCUUGUUAUUUUUCAUUCAAAUGAGGCAUCUAAAUAUGAUUCCUGAUGAAACCACCGCCCGCUACUUACUAUGCGGUUUCAUGAGCCCAUCAACUCUAAAUCAAGGCAUGCAGAUCCACUCAUACAUUGUUAAAAUGGGCUUUCAUUCGGAUGUUCAAGUGGGCAAUAUUCUUCUCACCAUGUACGCUAAAUCUUCAAACCUACACGAUGCAUUCAAUGCUUUUGAAGAGGUGAGGAAAAAUGAGAACUUGGUUUCAUGGAAUGCUAUCCUUUCUGCUUGCAUGCAGCACCAUGAACCCAUGGAAGUGUUCAGACUAUUCAAGCUUUUGCUCCUCUCUGAUAUGGAGCCUGAUUACAUCACUUUAACUACUGUCAUUGGUGCCUAUGCUGAAAUAGCAUCUUUAGAAAUGGCAAGUCAGAUUCACUGCUAUACCAUCAAACUGGGCAUGGUCCAAGAUGUUUCUGUCUCCAACGGUCUUACUGACAUGUACACAAAGUGUGGGUCCCUUGACACUGCUAGGAGUCUCUUUUACGAUAUAGAAGUUCCUGAUGUUUUUUCUUGGAGUACUCUGAUUGUGGGAUAUGCGCAAUUCGGGUAUGCUGAGGAAGCACUUAAACUCUAUGCCAGAAUGAGAAGUUCUGGAGUGAAACCGGACGACGUAACAUUUGUUGGGGUUCUUACUGCUUGCAGUCAUGUUGGCCUUGUAGAGGAAGGGUGGGAGCUGUACAACAGUAUUGAAACAGAACACAGGAUUGUACCCACCAGAGAGCACUGUGCUUGCAUGGUAGACUUACUUGGUCGAGCUGGGUACUUAAGUGAAGCGAAAGAGUUCAUUCAGAAGUUGGUUCAUGAUCCCGACAUCGUUGUGUGGAAAACUUUGCUUGCUGCCUGUAAAACGUACAAGGAUCACGAAAUUGGGAAAUGGGUAGCUGAAAAUAUCCUGAGGCUCGACCCCUCCAAUUCUGCUGCUCUUGUCUUGCUUUGUAGAAUAUAUGCUUCUUCGGGCAAUUGGGAGGAGGUCGCUAGAUUGAGGGGUUCAAUGAAGGAACAAGGCGUCAGGAAAGUUCCGGGGCAGAGCUGGAUCGAGGUUAAGAACAGGAUGCAUGCUUUCUUAGCUCAAGAUAAUCUGCAUCCCGAGAGGGACAGGAUAUAUAGUGUGUUAGAGGAGCUCUGGCUUCACUUGCUAGAUCAUGGAUAUGUUCCAUCAGGAGAUCAAGAGUUUAGCAGACCAUCAAAAGAGAUGUUAAUAUAGAUUGGAAGCUGAUAUUUGUGAGUUUGAAGAUGAUUCUUGGUGGAUAUAAAAUUCAGACUAAACGUUCAUGCCAGAAGGAAAGGUAUGCCUCUAUUAGUUAGUGGCCUGAUAUGAGCCCUAUAAUAACAAUGCAGGCUACUUUCCUCGCCACCGUAAGUCCCCGUCCCAAGGGUCAAUUUUAGAAGACCAGCCAACUUAGUUUAAGGACUUGUUGGGUGAUCCGAAAGUCAAUAGCAAGAAAGCAGUCCACAGGAGAUCUGCUAGCGCUAAGUAGCCCUUUAGACGGUGUUGGAGACUCAUUACCGAGUCUUAAUCUGGGUAACAAUAUGAAGCUAAGUGAUAUGAAGAAUGAAGGAAGAGGGAUGCGACAGUUGGACUGCACCUAUGGUCCCAACUCAAGAAGUAGUGGGAUGACAUUUUCAGACAUUGGGAUCGUUUCGGUGUUGUCAGAGUAUAUUUCUCAGAAUCCCCUGCAGUUACUUGAUGCAGUCUCUGCAUUUCUGGAACAAUUAAUUCCGAUUUAAAAGGUGAUGGUCCUGGUGAGGCCAAUAGAGAUUUCGACCCUGAGAUGAAGCCAGGGAAAAGGUUCAAGGCCAACUCUCAGCAAGUAUUGAUCCACACCUACUAUUCCACAGAUUUAUGUCCAACUCAAUGUUGGAAGAAUUGGGAAAACUAGAACGAUGUACAAAAACUGGAGAAGCCAAAAGUUUUGCAAUUGCAGUUGGAGUUUCAGAGCAUCUGCUCUUUGUGACAUGUUCUGAUGUUUACGAGAUUGGCCACUAUGGUCUUACUAACAGAAAAUAUUUGCUGCUUCUACAACACAAACUACUUUGGUAUGAUGUUGUAAUAUUAGCUAAAACAAACAGCUGAAGAUUGCUUUUACAGAACAUAAAGAAUAAGGCAAGCUCAGGAUCCACUGAGGUACCUCACAGCCUGAAGCCGUCAUAACGUUGGCUAUAUUCCGCAGGUAGGGGAUGUCCUCCUCUGUGUAGAAAGUGAUGGCUUCCCCACUCCUUCCAGCUCUUCCAGAUCGACCUGCUCGUUUACACUAAAUCAGUCUCAGAUAGCAACUAAGAGCCUACCAUACAAACUGAUUUGUUCACACUACCUUUGAUGGAAAAGCAAUCAGCCCAAGAUAUUUCGGGAAGAACCCAAGGAUUGAAGAAUCUUAAAACAAUCUUGGCUAGUUUCUGGGAUUUGGUUUGUGAUGUCUAAUCAUUGAACAAGUGUAUCCGGUGAAAUUGAGUUUAUUGCCUCA